GGCUGGAUCGCGGCCGAAGCCGCCAUUGUUCCGCCGAGGGAGGUCAGCCCGGCCUGGCACUGGCGCCCGGACGCCGCUUAGCGGCCGCCACUGGAGACACUCCCUCCGCCGCCCCCUCCUCCCGGCGGUGGCGGAGCGAGGCUGACGAGGGGGGAGCUGGGAGCCCCCCCUCCCCUCCCGGCGGCGUCAACGGCCGAUCCCCGGCUCCGGCGCGAGGGGCGGCUGCGAUGCGCUCGGCCUGAGGCCGUCGGCCCGGCCCUUUCUCGCUUCCCUUGAGUCUCCCGCGGCGUCGUGCGCCCCAGCGUCAUCCCUCGAGUCCCUCUGACGGGAGGGAAGAUGGCUGCACGGAGCUGGCAGGACGAGCUGGCCCGACAGGCCGAGGAGGGCUCGGCGCGGCUGCGAGAAAUGCUCUCGGUCGGCCUGGGCUUCCUGCGCACCGAGCUGGGCCUCGACCUGGGGCUGGAGCCGAAGCGGUACCCGGGCUGGGUGAUCCUGGUGGGCACGGGCGCGCUCGGGCUGCUGCUGCUCUGCCUGCUGGGCUACGGCUGGGCCGCGGCGUGCGCCGGCGCCCGCAAGAAGCGGAGGAGCCCGCCCCGCCGGCGGGAGGAGGCGGCCGCGCCGGCCUCGGCCCCCGACGACCUGGCCCUGCUCAAGAGUCUCCGGGGCGACGAGCAGAAGAAGAAGAAUCGCAAGAAAUUGCCCGAGAAGCCCAAACCAAAUGGGCGGACUGUUGAAGUGGCUGAGGAGGAAGUUGUCCGAACUCCUCGAAGUGUAACAGCAAAGCAGCCAUUAGAGACAGAUAAGAAAAAUGAAAAGUGCUGCUCCAGAUCAGGGAUUGACAAACUUCAACCCUCCAAAUCAAGCCAGUCAAAGAAAAAUAAGAAGAAAUCAAAGUCAGAUGCUAAAGCAGUGCAAAACAGUUCACGCCAUGAUGGGAAGGAAGUUGAUGAAGGAGCCUGGGAAACUAAAAUUAGUCACAGAGAAAAACGACAGCAACGUAAACGUGAUAAGGUACAGACUGAUUCUGGUUCAUUGGAUUCAACUAUCCCUGGGAUAGAAAAUACCAUCACAGUUACCACCGAGCAACUUACAACUGCAUCAUUUCCUGUUGGUUCCAAGAAGAAUAAAGGUGAAUCUCAUCUAAAUGUUCAAGUUAGCAACUUUAAGUCUGGAAAAGGAGAUCCUACACUUCAGGUUUCUUCAGGAUUGAAUGAAAACCUCACUAUAAAUGGAGGAGGCUGGAAUGAAAAGUCUAUAAAACUCUCCUCACAGAUAAGUGCAGGGGAGGAGAAGUGGAACUCUGUUUCACCUGCUUCUGCAGGCAAGAGGAAAACUGAGCCAUCUGCUUGGGGUCAAGACACUGGAGAUGCUAAUGCGAAUGGAAAAGACUGGGGAAGGAGUUGGAGUGACCGUUCAAUUUUUUCUGGCAUUGCUGCUUGGUCUAGUGUGGAUAGGGGAAUGAAUACCUCUGAACAGAAUUCUGCUUCUUUUGCAUCUCUCACACUUAACUCUGCUGUUUCUGGGUCUACUGCUGAGCCAGUUUCUCAGUCUACCACUUCUGAUUAUCAGUGGGAUGUUAGCCGUAAUCAGCCCUAUAUCGAUGAUGAAUGGUCUGGGUUAAAUGGUCUGUCUUCUGCUGAUCCCAGCUCUGAUUGGAAUGCACCAGCAGAAGAGUGGGGGAAUUGGGUAGAUGAAGAACGAGCCCAGUUCCUGAAGUCCCAGGAGCCAGUUCCUGAUGACCAAAAAGUUUCAGAUGAUGAUAAAGAAAAAGGAGAGGGUGCUCUUUCAACCGGGAAAUCUAAAAAGAAAAAGAAGAAAAAGAAGAAGCAAGGUGAAGAUAACUCUCCUGCACAGGACCCAGAAGAAUUAGAAAAAGAGAUUAGAGAAGAGCCUCCAGUGAAUACCUCUAAAGUCCGUCCAAAACAGGAAAAAGCUUUUUCUUCGAAAACCAUAAGCACUAGUGAUCCAGCAGAAACACUCAUCAAAAAUAGCCAGCCUAUCAAGACUCUUCCACCUGCUGUUUCUACCGAGCCAUCUGUUAUUUUAUCAAAAAGUGAUUCUGACAAGAGCUCUUCCCAAGUGCCACCGAUGCUACAAGAGUCAGAUAAAUCCAAGUCAAAUACUAAGCAAAAUAGUGUGCCUCCUUCACAAACCAAGUCUGAAACUAGCUGGGAAUCUCCAAAACAAAUAAAAAAGAAGAAAAAAGCCAGGCGGGAAACGUGAAUUUUCUUUUCCUGAAUAGGACAUGUGUUUGCAGACACUGUCUUGAAGAUUAUGCUGUUUAUGCAAUAAUUUGUGAACAUGUACAGAGUUUUAUAUAAAUUUAAACCAAUUUUUAAGACAAAACUGUGAACACAACCACCAUAAAAAUGGAAUCAAAGGAAAGUUAAUUUAUGAAAUUAAGAGGUCAGCAGAAUAUAUAUACUACAUUGCUGGAAGACACUUGGGAAAGUCUUUUCAAUUUAAUGAGAACGUUCUUAAUUCAAGAAUAUUAUCCUGGUUUUACAACAGUGCCCUGUUUACAACAGAUUGUGCCCUAUUUCUUCUGCAACUGAGGAAUAAAGGAUUCUGAUUAGAGAGAGGGUUACCUACAAAUUCGUAGGCAACUUCUCGGACCUUAUGCACGGAACUUACACCAUUCGAAUCUGUUUUAUGCUUAAAUCAAAGUGCUUUGAUCAAAUGCAUAAUCUGCCAUAUCUUUACAUAUUUGUUGGUAGCAAUUUGUAUUAAAGGAAUCACAAGUGCAAAUAAAAAGUCAUUUAUCAUUUAUUUAACUAAACUGUCAUGGUUUAGUUUACAAUUUUUAAAAAGUUCUUAAUUGAAAAUGCAGUUGACACAUGGCUUACGAACUUAUUUUUGAUAGUCUUACAUUACUUGAAUUGUUCAAAGUACAAUAUAUUUUAAAUUAAGAAUGGUAAACUGUAUGUCUUUGUUUUAUACUUUCAAAGAUGAGACUCAUAAAUAAUGCUCUUGUUUAUGAUUUGAAAACUUUCAAGCAAAAUGUAACUUACAUUUUUCCUUUCCCUAGCAAUUUUUUCCAGUGUCAUCUCUUCAUUACUAACACUUUUUGACUAUAAAAAUGAAAUCUUUACAAACUAGUUCUACAGACAGAACUUUGAGUAUAUGAUGGAGAAUGGAAACCUAGAGUCAGACAGCUUUAAUUGACAUUGUCAAGACCUCCAGUUAUCAGGAAUACAUUUUUUACUGCCUUAACCUGUAGUGCGUAGAAUAUGCAUCAAUUUCUUGAAGGGGAUUCGUGUUUUUAUAAGAUUUUUCCUGUAAUUAUUGCAAUCAUGGUCAAAUAAGGAAUGUUUCCUGCUUGAAACUAUUAAUUUAAAUGCUGUGGGAAGCUGUUUCACCAUUUCAGGCACUGUGUAAUUCUAUUGUGAUAAACUGGCAGGUAUCUUUGUAACUAUAAAUAGUGCAUGCUCAGCCAUGUACACUGUAAAUAGCCUUUACCAAACGUGUUUGACAAGGACCAUAAUUAACAUCACUUAGUGAAUUGUGAUAAAGAAAAAAGCCAUGAUUUAUUUGAUGUGAUUGGCUUAAUUGUUUUUAUGUGGCGCCAAGAAUGAAACUGUUUAGCUGUAACCAAUGGUACUGAUCUAUCCAUCCAGCGUGUCUUUAUUCUCUUUGAUUGUGAUUUGAUAGUAUUGCAUUGUCAGUCUAGGAAAGCUAAAGAAACAAAAUGGUUUUAGUUUUGCUGAAGACUGGCCUUAUUAAUGGACAGCUUUCCUAACACACGAUUAUUAACCCUUAUCGGGUGUUAACAUCUGUUUCAGGAACACGGCAGUAUGUUUACAUGUCAGAAGUUUUGUUUAUGAUAUUUCUAAAUUGAUUUGUUUUAAAUAAAUUCAGCAAAUGGAUAGCAUUGUUUUUAUUUGCUUCAGUAUUGGGAUAAAUAUGCUAACGUGCGAGGAAUAGAUUUCUUCAAAUGACUUUAUUCUGUUAGCUUUUCACAUAGAUGAUUCCUAAGUAGAUCUAAGGAUUCCUAUGUUGCCAGCACUUUGUAAAGGUCUGACAAAGGAGCAUUCAGUAGGGUGUCUAAUUUUAGGAUGUGCCAAAAGAUGUGUGCUCAAAAAACUUAAUUGAACUCUCUCAACUCUACCUCACCAUUUCUUUAUCCUAGAAUUUUGUUGGCUAUGUCAAGUGUUGGACUUUGUUUCUCCAGUUUAGUAUCUCCCAGUCAACCAUUUAUGCCAGGUGUCAAAGACACUGUCUUUUAAGGAGAAAUGAAGUGUGGAGGUGGAAAAGUAAGUUUAUUCUCGUUCACAUGCAUGAGGUGCAAACUCCUGCACAAUUACAGUAUUAUUCUUGCUUGUUCUUUACCUGUCCCAGAAGUCUUUAUGUGACAUGAAAGGAGUUUCUCGAAUCUGAACGCAGGAACUGUUCCCCAUCAUCAACUCAGAAAGCAAAAAAUCAAGUAGUGAUUCAGGGAGGAGGGGGAGAGAGAGGAGCCGAUUGUCCCCUGGAUCUUGGAUUAGUUGCUCCCCAAACUGUCAGGAGGGAGAUGACUGAUCCCUCUGGCCUGGAGGGCACCUUGUUCUGAGGAGCAAUUAAGGCUCCUGAAGAAACUACUUCAAAAUCGUCCUAAUUCCUUCUGUCUCCGCACACUGAAAAUUCCUCCCUGUUCUGGACCAGGGAGUAGUGGUUUAGGGUUUUCCCAGGCGGAAACCUCAUCUAACUAUACUCUGGACUAAGUGAAACAGUUGAGAGAGUCCAAAAAGUAUUAAAAUAAAACAUCAUUAAUGUAAUUUACCAUGUUUACUUUGUGCAUGCAUUCUGUUGGGGGGGACAGUGAAAAUAAUACAUUCAAAUCUAAUGGUAUUAUUUCAUAGACUAGUCCAGUUUGUAUUUGGUUAAAAAAUAUUGAAGGGCAAUAUUUAACUACAGAGUUUAGUUUUUCUUCAUUAAAAACUGUCCUCUAUUAAUAUAAGGUCUUUCAAAACUUAGAAAUUGGGUUUAAGAUGUCUAAUACAUGUCUUAAGUCUUUCCUGUAAACUCAUUGCACAAACUGGAAUUAUUUUCCAAAAGACUUAGGGAAUGCAAAUAUGUUAUUUGUAAAAUGCAUUGAGUAUUGUAAAUAAAGCCAUUUUUGUUUUGUUUAAAUUGCUCAUUCUAGAUCUCUUAUGGGGAGGGACUUCUCAGUCAUUUUGCAUCUUAAGCUAGUAUAAAAUCAAUUACUUUUUGAUGUUCUGGAUGUUUCUGUCUAAAACCAUAGGUGCACUUGCAGGUUUUACCAGUCAAAUAUUUGGAGUUAAGCACCUCUUAGAAUGUCCAUCAGUCGUAUCAACCUUUGAGGUUAAGGAGUUGACUCUCAUUUGGCAUGUGUUAGCUUGGCCGUGUCCCCCAACAAUAACAACUUAAAUAAGAUAGUUUAUUUCUCUCGAAUGGAAAGUCUGGCUCAGGGCUGCAGAGUUGUAGCAGCUGGAAAUGUCCUAUCAGCAUCUCUGCCCCCUUUAAGAACAGGUCUUACAAAUCAUUCACAUCACAUAGGCUUAUCAACAUGAACUUAAUCACGUGAUUCCUAGCUACCAAGAGGGAUGGAAAAGAGUCUUUAUUCUGUGUUGUCAUUGGCCAAAUGAACAUUUCAGGAUCCAUUACUGAGGAAGCAGCGGAGAAUUGGGUGUGAGGCACAGCUAGUUGUCUCUGUCUAAGGAUUGACAUACACUAGGUAGGUUGUACCCAAGCAUCAUUUUUAAGAUCAGGUUUUAGCUUAUCCAACUGAGUGGAAAGUUUGACAUCUCUUAGAUGCUGCUUUAAGAAGCAGCUAAUAAUUUAUAUGUAGUAUGUUCUGGGAGAAAUUUCUUCUGCUCAUUGAAAGCUUUAAAUUUCAGAGAAAAGCUGAAAGAAGUAGCCUAUCACACAUAUACUGCAAGUAUGAGAGUGUAACUAGUUUCAAGAAUUAUUGAAACUGGCGUGUAAAAUAAUCUUUAAAGUAAUCUUUUAAAAAGGCAUUACUAUUUUCUAAAUAAUUUAACAGGAGAGUAAUUUCUAACCCUAGUAUCAAGACAGGUAUAUGAGGUGCAUUGUAAAUGUUUGUUGACUAAUCAUUACAGUAUUGAGGUUUAUGAACAGGCUAAUUUGAAGAAAAAAGCAAAUUCAAGGUCAUCCCCAUCAUAAUGGCAUUCUUAUUUGUAUAUGUGUGCUUUCCUUUUUUAUUUAUUGUAUCAAAACCUUUAAAAUGAAUAUAUGUAACAUGUAUAUAAAUUAUAAAGCAUAAUAAAAUGAACACCUAAAACCAC